AUGGCGACAAAAGCAAGCCGCGCUGCCAACGGCACCAUGUCGCAGCGGGUUAUCCUCGUCACCGGUGCCAACUCGGGCAUCGGCUACGACAUGACGGCCGCUCUCGUGGCCUCUCCCGAGAACCACGUCAUCAUGGGCUGUCGCAACUACGAGAGAGGCACCAGGGCGCUGCAGCAGUUACACGCCCAGCCUCACGCGGGCUCUCUCAGCCUUCUCGAGGUGGACAUUACCGACGACCAGAGCAUCGGCCUGGCCGUGGACAAGCUCACGGCCGAGUUCGGCGUCGUUGACGUGCUCGUCAACAACGCCGGCAUCGUCAUGCGCAACUUUGCGGAUCGCCGGUCUGAAAUCCUCGACACCUUGAACACCAACUCGGUCGGCCACCUCGUCUUUACCGAAGCCCUGGUGCCGCUGCUGCGAAAAUCAACUGAUCCCCGCAUUAUCAACGUCUCGUCUGCGCUGGGGUCCAUCAAUGCUCGUCUUGAUCCGGGGGAUCCGACCUACGGGAUUGCUUCCGAGGCCUACAGAAUGUCCAAGGCGGCGCUCAACAUGGCCACGGCGUGCAUGUAUGCCACGUACAAGGUUUGGGGGGCCAAAGUAUGGGCCUACUGUCCGGGACAUGUAAUCACCGAUUCGACGGGGGAAGGGCGCAGGGGGAUGAGAGAAUCUACCGGCGCUUCGAGUUCGACCUCGAGCGCCACCGGUAUUGUCGACAUUGUGGAAGGGAAGAGAGACGACCAUGUAGGGCAGUUUUUGCAGACGGGCGGAAGGAUAUUACAAUGGUAG